AAGGAUGUAUUGCCGGUUGGAGCGUCAGUAAACACCGUCACUAGACAUGGGACAGACGGUGCUCACCUGCAUUGUCCUCGGACUGCUCUUGAGCAGCGGACAUUCCUCGGUAAGAGUCCGCCGCGGCUAUGGUAGUGGAGGCGGCGGAGGCGGAGGAGGCUUCGGUUUCGGCGGCGGUGGCGGUGGGGGCUUUGGCUUCGGAGGUGGCCUCGGCGGCGGCGCUGGCGGCGGCGCUGGCGGCGGCGCUGGCGGAGGCUUUGGAGGAGGCCUCGACACUAUCCGUGAGGGAGUCGACAACAUAAUUGGAAAAGUUCACGCCGGUCUGUCCCACCUCGGAAGAGGCGGUGGUGGAGUCGGUGGUGGCGCCGGCUUUGGAGGCGGCGCCGGCGGAGGCCUAGGUGGUGGAGCGGGAGGCAGUGGCAGUGGAAGCUUCGGAGGAGGCAAUGAGAAAUCCAUAUACACAACCUCAGACGAUGGAAAAUCUGGUGGAUUCGCGUUCACUGGCACUUUGGGAGGCGGAAAGGGCGGCUACGGAGGCGGCGGUGGAUACAGCAGCGGUGGCAGCGGAAGUGGUGGCUACGGAGGUGGCGCCGGAUUUGGCGGUGGCGCGGGCGGUGGCGCGGGCGGUGGCUCAGGAGGUGGUGGCGGGCUUGGAAAUGGAGGUGGAUCUGGAGGGAGCGGAGGCUCUAAUGGUGGCCACAGUGGUAGCGGAAGUGGCGGAUUCGGCGGAAGCGGCAGUGGGGGUUCUGGCGGUACCGGUAGCGGUGGUCACGGAGGCAGUGGGAGCGGCGGAUUUGGUGGAGGCGCUGGCGGUGGCGCUGGAGGUGGUUUCGGUGGCGGCGGUGGCCUAGGCGGCGGCAGCGGUCAUGGAGGCUCUAAAGGCGGAAGUAGUGGCUCAGGAAGCGGCGGCUACGGUGGAAGUGGCUCCGGUAGUUUUGGAGGCAGUGGAAGCGGAGGCGGUGGAAGUGGAGGCAGUGGAAGCGGAAGCAAUGGCGGAUUCGGCUCUGGAGGUGGUGGAGGCGCUGGUGGCGGUUUUGGAGGAGGCCUCGGCGGCGGCAGUGGACACGGAGGCUCUGGAGGUGGAGGCAGUGGAGGCUCCGGUAGCGGCGGAUACGGUGGAAACGGUGGCGGAAGUGGAUCCGGCGGACAUGGAGGUAACGGUGGAUUCGGAGGUGGUGCCGGCGGUGGCUUCGGAGGCGGGGCCGGUGGCGGCGGCGGCAAAGGUGGCUAUGGAGGAUCUGGUGCUGGAGGCGGCGGCACUGGAAGUGGUGGAUAUGGAGGCUCUGGAGGCGGUGGUUCCGGAAGUGGCGGUAAUGGUGGAUUCGGCAGCGGCGGCUCCGGUAGCGGUGGUCUUGGAGGCGGGCAUGGAGGUGCUGGAGGCGGCGGUCUUGGCGGCGGACACGGCGGUGGUAGCGGUGGCGGUCUUGGAGGUGGCCACGGAGGCGCCGGAGGCGGUGGAUUUGGAGGCAGUGGAAGUGGCGGCUUAGGUGGUGGUCUUGGCUUCGGCGGCGGCCUCGGAGGGGGUCUUGGAGGCGGUCUCGGAGGUGGUGCCGGUGGCGGCGGCGGCAAAGGUGGCUAUGGAGGAUCAGGCGCAGGAGGUGGCGGCGCUGGUGGACUAGGAGGUGGACUAGGAGGUGGAUUUGGUGGUGGACUCGGCGGCGGCGCAGGUGGCGGUGCGGGCGGUGGCCUUGGAGGCGGCCACGGCGGCGCUGGCGGUAGCCAUGGUGGCGCCAACGGCGGCUCCGGUUGCAGCUCGGGUUGCGGAGGCAGCGGCGGCUACGGCGGACACGGAGGCGCCUUCGCUUCUGCCAGUGCCAAAGCCUCCGCAUCUGCUAGCGCGGGCAGCUACGGCAAAUAAUAUCAAACCUAACUAUAACUUGUGAUAGUCAUGUGCACGGCCAUAUUGAAUGAAAUUAGUAUUUUAGAUGUAAUUUUUAUAAAUAAAGCUUAAUUUAUAUUUUUA